CAUGGCUGCAGACAUCGGAGAACUGCUGGUCCCGUACAUGCCAACUAUCCGAGUCCCUAGAUCAGGGGACAGGGUCUACAAGAACGAAUGCGCCUUCUCCUUUGACUCCCCAGAAUCUGAAGGCGGCCUUUAUGUGUGCAUGAGUACUUUCCUUGGGUUUGGAAGGGAACACGUGGAAAGGCAUUAUCGCAAGACAGGGCAAUGUGUCUACAUGCAUCUAAAACGAACCAUAAGGGAGAAAGCCACAGGAGCUUCUGGUGGAGUGCUUCCAAAGAAGAGAUCUCCUCGGAUUUUUCUCGACCUGGAGGUGAACAAAGACUUCAACAACGAAGAUUAUGAAUAUGAAGAUGAAGCUAAACUUGUUAUAUUUCCUGACCACUUUGAAAUUGCUUUGCCAAACAUAGAAGAGUUACCAGCACUGGUGACAAUAGCAUGUGAUGCAGUGCUGUCUGCGAAAUCUCCAUAUGGAAAACAAGAUUCUGAAUCAUGGGAAGAAGAGCUGAAACAUUCAAAACAUGAGGACACCCUCCAACAACUGGACAAUGGAGUCCGAAUCCCUCCCAGUGGCUGGAAAUGUGCCUGGUGUGACCUGAGGGAGAAUCUUUGGCUGAACCUGACAGAUGGUUCCAUAUUGUGUGGGAAAUGGUUCUUUGACGGCAGUGGCGGAAACGGACACGCUCUUGAACAUUAUCGAAAGAAAAAAUACCCUUUGGCAGUUAAAUUAGGAACUAUUACUCCGGAUGGUGCAGAUGUAUACUCAUUUGAUGAAGAGGAAGCAGUACUCGAUGCAAAUAUUGCAGAACAUUUGAUGCACUUUGGUAUCGACAUGCUGACAAUGCAAACGUCUGAAAAUGGUAAUCCAGUCAAUGAUAUAAAGCCACGAAUCAGUGAGUGGGAGGUGGUCCAGGAAUCUGGGACGAAGUUGAAGCCAAUAUAUGGGUCUGGCUACACAGGCAUCAAGAAUCUAGGAAACAGCUGUUAUCUCAGUUCCAUCAUGCAGAUAAUCUUUAGCAUCCCUGACUUUCAGAGAAGGUACGUAGGAAACCUCCAAAGAAUAUUUGAUUACUCUCCUCUGGAUCCAACACAAGAUUUUGAAACACAGAUGGCCAAGCUGGGACAUGCACUACUCUCAGGCCAGUACUCCAAACCUCCAAUGAAGUCUGAGGUUAUUGAACAGGUGAUGAAAGAAGAAAAGAAGCCCCAGCAACAAGGGAUGGCGCCCAGAAUGUUUAAAGCUUUAGUUGGAAAAGGACAUCCAGAAUUUUCAUCAAACCGACAACAGGAUGCAUUAGAAUUCUUUCUGCAUUUAAUCAGCCUUGUAGAUAGAAACAAUAAUGGUACAGAUGAUCCCAGUGAAGUCUUUCGCUUUAUGGUAGAAGAUCGUGUCCAAUGUUGCCAAUCCAGGAAAGUCAAGUACACACAGAGAGUUGACUACAUCAUGCAACUUCCUGCUGUCCUGCAGACUGCUAGUAACAAAGAGGAACUUGUAGCAUAUGAACUAAAGAGGCGAGAAGCUGAGAUAGCAAAGCGACCUUUAAGAGAGGUUGUUCGUGCCAAAAUUCCAUUCAGUGCUUGUCUUCAAGCAUUUCAAGAGCCAGAAAAUGUCAGUGACUUCUGGAGCAGUGCUCUUCAAGCAAAGUCAGCAGCAGUAAAGACAAUCCAUUUUGCUUCAUUUCCUGAAUAUCUGGUGAUUCAAAUAAAGAAAUUUACCUUUGGUAUAGACUGGGUACCAAAAAAAUUAGAUGUCUCAAUAGAUAUGCCAGAUCUCCUAGAUAUCUCCCACCUUAGAGCAACAGGUUUGCAACCUGGAGAGGAAGAACUCCCUGACAUUUUCCCACCCAUCGUCAUCACUGAUCAAAGCAAAGGCCAUCUGCUGAACCAUUUCAUGGAGUCUCCUGAAAUUGAUGAAUCCGCAGUGAUGCAGCUGGCUGAGAUGGGAUUUCCCCUGGAGGCGUGUCGGAAAGCGGUUUACUACACUGGAAAUUUGGGGGCCGAGUUGGCCUUUAACUGGAUCAUAGCACACAUGGAAGAACCCGAUUUUGCUGAACCACUGACACUAUCAGGGUGUAAUGAAUUUGGCAGUGGUCAGUACGAGGUUGGUCUAUCUGGAGGAGCCUCUUCAGUGAAAAACCAGCCACCAGAAGAGAUUGUUGCCAUCAUUACAUCAAUGGGAUUUCACAGGAACCAGGCCAUCCAAGCACUGAAAGCAACUAAUAACAACUUGGAGAGAGCAUUGGAUUGGAUCUUCACGCAUGCAGACAGCGAGGAUGAAAGUGAGGCAGUGUCAGAGGUUGAUUCACAAUCACACAUCAAUACCGAAACAGAGCCAGCAGGCCCCAGAAUCAAGGAUGGACCUGGAAGAUAUGAGUUAUUUGCUUUCAUUAGCCACAUGGGAGCAUCCACAAUGUCUGGUCAUUAUGUCUGUCAUAUCAAAAAAGAGGGAAGAUGGGUAAUCUACAAUGACCAUAAAGUCUACGCUUCAGAGAAACCUCCUAAAGAUCUGGGAUACAUUUACUUUUAUCAACGGAUUGCCUACUAAGCUUGAGAAAACCAUAAUCUUCCUUCUUUCCAAAGAGCAAAAAAAUCUACAAACUGUCAAAGCUACAGGCCAGAAAAUCCUUAAAUCCAGACCAACCCAGGACUUUAUGUUGCCAUCUAUUUCACUGGAUUCCUAUUGCUGGCAUGGCAAAAAGAACUCAGUAGGAACUAAGAAAGUGUUCUUGAAAAUUUUGAUUCAGGGGGAGAUGAGGAGGCAGUAUACACUACUUUGGAGUGUUCUGAGUUGCAGCUUCA